GCCCGAAACUUCACACGUCCUCCAUCACGCCCAGAAAAUUCCAUACACAGAGAUUUUUAGAGAGAGAGAGAGAGAGAGAGAGAGAGAGAGAUGGUGGAAGGAGGAGGACGGAGCUGCUCGAAGCCCGGAUCGGAGGCGUGAAGCUGCGGCCCUGGACGCUCCCGCCGGAAUCGGCUCGCCGGAGGAGUCAUCCGACUGACUGAAUCGCCGCCGUCGUCGGUGCGCUUCUCUUCAAUCCGCGCUCGACCCGGUUCAGUUCGUCUUUCCCGAUGGAACCGAUCGGGGAGACCAGCGCGAGCAAGCGGCGGCGGAUGAGCGGCCGCGGCGGCCUGGACGGGCCCGGGGGCGGGGUUUGGCUCCGCGAGAUCGGCGGGCUCAGUAGCAGGGGCUUCUCGUACCGGCACAGGGCUUCGGAGGAUCUUGUGCUGCGCUUCGAGAUCUACAGGAAGCUAAAAUCCCAUAGGGGUUGUGUGAAUACCAUCAGCUUUAACUCGAGUGGUGACAUCCUGGUCUCUGGUUCUGAUGACAGACAGGUUAUAAUGUGGGACUGGGAAAUUGGAAAUGUUAAGCUUUCAUUUCAUUCUGGUCAUCACAACAAUGUUUUCAAUGCAAAGAUCAUGCCUUACACAGAUGAUCGAAGAAUUGUCACUUGUGCUGCAGAUGGGCAGGUGAGAUAUGCUCAACUUGCAGAGAGUGGAUCUGUCAAGACAUCUUUGUUGGCCAAACAUCACGGUAGAGCUCAUAGAUUGGCCAUUGAGCCGGGAAGUCCCCAUGUGUUUUACUCAUGUGGGGAAGAUGGGUUAGUUCAACAUUUUGAUCUUAGGACUAAGAAUGUGACAGAACUUUUUACUUGCCAUCCAAUUGAUGAUAGGCUGCCGGUCAUUCAGUUAAAUGCUAUUGCAAUUGAUCCAAGGGAUCCAAACCUCUUUGCAGUUGCUGGGUCAGAUCAGUUCACCCGACUUUAUGAUAUCCGCAAGUAUAAGUGGGAUGGAUCUACGGACUUUGGCCAACCUGCCUAUUACUUCUGUCCUCCACAUUUGAUUAGUGAUGAACAAGUUGGAAUAACUGGCUUAGCCUUCUCAGAUCAGAGUGAGCUUCUGGUCUCUUACAAUGAUGAAUUUAUCUAUCUCUUCACUCAAGAUAUGGGAUUAGGUCCUGAUGCAGUUACAAGUGAGGUGGCAGUGUCUUCAUCCAGUACAGUUCUUAAGGAAAAAGUUAAUCCCCAAGUUUAUAAAGGGCACAUGAACUCUGAGACUGUGAAGGGUGUGAAUUUCUUUGGUCCUAAAUGUGAGUAUGUGGCAAGCGGAUCUGACUGUGGGAGAAUAUUCAUCUGGAAAAAACGGGGUGGAGAGCUCAUUCGAGUCAUGGAUGCUGAUGAGGAUGUGGUAAAUUGUGUGGAACCUCAUCCUCAUGAAGUAAUGUUGGCGAGCAGUGGACUUGAAGAUGAUGUCAAGAUAUGGACACCAAAGGCUAUUGAAAAAGCUAUACUACCCACCAAUAUCCAGCAGACAAGGCCGAAGCCUAGGGGCUGGAUGUACAGAAUAUCUUCUCCCCAGGACCUGCUGUUGCAAUUGUUUUCAAUGGAAAGACGAAGAACAGACUCGGGAGAUGAUAGAGAUGACUCCUCCAGCUCUGCAACUGGUCGGGAUCUCAUGGAGCUUAUUUUUACAUUUAAUGGAAACAAUGCCAGUGAUUCAGAUGAUGGGGGCGAUGCAUCUGGGCCCGAAGACUUAUUUAAUUGAGCUUCUGGGCUCGUCCGUCUUGCCUGUCUUGCCUGUCGGGUGGGCUUCCUAGGCACUGUACAUGCUUUCUUCAAAUGAAACUGCUUUGGCCAGUCUCCUGUAAAAAUUCCCCGUAGACCUGGUACUUGAUGAGGAAUCGCCUUCUGUGAUUGCGCAAUGAAUAAAUUAUCGAGUAUAGUAAGAUUUGGAUCUGAUGCAUGGAUAAUGAGUUGAGAUAAUGAAGCCGUAUCCCUGUGAAACGGAAUUGCUGGUAAA